AUGCUUAGAUCUACAAUACAGAAACAGACGUUUCGUUAUUUUAAUGUAUCAUCUACAAAUCUAAACAAACCACCAUCAUCACCAUUGAAAGUAUUUCUCGAUACUUUUAAACAAGAAGUUCAAAAAUCAUCAGAAUUAAAAGAAAAUAUAAAAGCUUUACAAGAUGAAUCUGGUAGAAUGGCAGAAUCAGAUGCUUUCAAAAAAGCAAAAGAAGCUUAUGCAAGAGCUCAAAAGGGAAGUAGUGCAGCAGGUGUAGUUGUUAAAAAAACUGCAGAUGCAAUGGGUGAUGUAGCUUACAAAGCUUGGGAUUCUCAAGUAGGUAAAGGUGUUAGAACAACCGUUAAAUAUAGUGCAGAAGCAGCAGAUAAAGCUUUUGAUCCAGUUAGAAAAACUCAAGUUUAUAAAGAUGUUUCAGAGGUUAUAGAUGAUGGAUCUUCAAAUGCAUAUGGAGGAUUUUUAACAAAAGAACAAAGACAAGCUUUAAGAGCGAAAGAAAUUGCAAGAAAAUUAAAAGAGGGUUACAAGGGACCAGUUAAAGAAAAUGAAGAUGCAGGUGGAGAAUUAGUAUCAACAGAACAUAAAUCGUCAGGACCAUCAACUGGUGAGAAAUGGGAAACUUUUAAACAAAAAUCACCAAUUGGGAAAGGAUUUGUAUACCUAAAGGAAAAAUGGGACGAAUCAGAAAAUGGAUUAAUAAGUGUUGUACGAACAAUUAUUGAAAAGAUUACUGGAUUUUUCUCAGAAACUGAACAAGCAAAAGUUGUUAAACAAUUGAAAUAUAUGGAUCCAUCAUUUCGUUUAACAGAUUUUCAAAAAACAUUAACCAACUAUAUAGUACCUGAAGUUGUUGAUGCAUAUAUUAAAAAUGAUUCUAAAGUAUUGAAAGAGUGGUUUAGUGAAGCUCCAUAUAAUGUUUGGGAAGCAAAUAAUAAACAAUUUAUUCAACAAGGUUUAUAUUCAGAUAGUAAAAUAUUGGAUAUUCGAGGAGUCGAUAUUGUUACAUGUAAAAGUUUACAACCAAAUGAUAUCCCAGUGGUGGUUGUUAGUUGUAGAGCUCAAGAAAUUCAUUUAUAUAGAAAAGCUAAAACUAAUGAAAUUGCUGCUGGUACAGAAGAUCAUAUUCAAUUAAGUACAUAUGCAAUGGUUUUAACAAGAAUUCCAGAAGAAUUUGAUAAUAAAACUACUGAAGGUUGGAAAAUAGUUGAAUUUGCUCGUGGUGGUUCAAGACCAUUUCAUUGA